UGUAGCAGUUAUGGCGACCUGUUUUCGUGGUAGGAAAAAUAUAAACAAAAAUCGGUAAAUUUGAAAUUAACUUGGACGGAAAAUGAAUGUAGACACAUAGUAAUGCUAGUUGAAUCUCACCGCUUGCUCUCCAUGUCAGUUCCCUGCUGUUUAAACCGUGAGGGUGAAGCUUGCUAACCGGCUAGCCGUGUUUACCACCAUGGACAGGGAGGCAUAUCGCAACUGCUGCAGCUUGGUCAAAAUACCAAGUCAGUCCUAUGAGCUGUUUUGGUCUUCGCAUUUUGUGGACUACAUCGACAAGGACCUGAGCUAUUCGAAGUUUUUCAAGAAAUAUUUGCUACCUAAUCACCCAUGUAUGUUUUCAAGAAAGUUCACGGAGGAGUGGAACUGUAGAAAACAAUGGGUGACGGAGGAGGGCAAACCUAAUUUUCUAAAGCUGCUGCAAGACUUUGAUGAGACUCCUGUCCCUGUUGCAAACUGUAAUGCAAAGGAAUACAAUGCCAACCCCAAACAAGUAAUGCCAUUUAAAGAAUUUAUACAGUACUGGAAGGAAUACAUCCAGAAUGGACACUCAUCACCCAAAGGAUGCCUCUAUCUGAAAGACUGGCAUAUGUCAAGGGACUUUCCAGAACAUAAUGUUUACAUCACACCUGUUUACUUUUCAUCGGACUGGCUUAAUGAAUAUUGGGAUACACUUGAAGUUGAUGACUACCGGUUUGUUUACAUGGGACCCAAAGGUUCAUGGACUCCGUUCCAUGCUGAUGUGUUCCGCUCGUACAGCUGGUCUGCAAACAUCUGUGGCAGAAAGAAGUGGCUGCUUUAUCCUCCGGGUCAGGAAGACUUUUUACGAGACACUCAUGGUAACCUCCCAUAUGACGUAACGUCAGCUGAACUUCAAGACAGAAGCCAUUUCCCACAGUUUGAAGAAGCAUGCCAACCUCUUGAAAUUAUUCAAGAGGCAGGCGAAAUCAUUUUUGUGCCAAGUGGCUGGCACCAUCAAGUUUAUAAUCUGGAAGACACCAUUUCAAUUAAUCACAAUUGGCUGAAUGGCUGCAACGUUGACAUCAUGUGGCAGUUCCUACAGAACGAGCUGUCCUCUGUUCAAAAAGAGAUAGAUGAAUGGAGAAACACAAUGGAUUCAUGGCAUCAGCACUGUCAGGUCAUCAUGAAAGCAUGUUCUGGGAUUGAUUAUGGGGAAUUUGCUUCAUUCUUGAAAAUCAUCGCUGAAAAUCGAAUGGCGUUUCUGAACGCUUGUUUUUCCGGCGACUCCUCCGAUUACUCACGAAAUCUCACCGAAACUCUGAGCACACUAGGACCUUAUCAUGCAGCUUUUGACCUUCAAAGAGUGGCUCAUGUUAUCGAAUGCCUCUUGUGCAAUGAAGACUUCAAGCGGCUCGAUCGUUCAACGUUGGCUUUGCAGCCGGAGGCCAUGUUGCUGCGAAUCCGAGACACCAUACAGUCCACAAGAGGGCAGCAUCUCCUUUAUCAAGAAUAAUGUGUCCCCACCAUCUGCAGUGUUCUCUCCUGGGAUGAGCUUGAAUGACACUGGCAAUUUUAGUAAACACGAUAAA